AUGCGCUACCAAGCCGAACUUGGGGAUGUCGACUUCAUCACCGGCGACUAUCUCGCCGAAGUCAACAUCGCUGAGAAUGCGCAAGCUCAUGCUGCCGGCACUCAUCCUGGCUGGGAGCAGACAGCGUGGGAGGGAAUUGAGCAGACCAUUGAUCUCUUGGCCGAGAAAAGGAUCAAAGUGGUCAUCAAUGGAGGUGCUCAUAAUCCCAGAGGUUUGGCAGAGAAGGUGCAAGAACUGGUCACGGGCAAGGGACUGGACCUGAAAGUUGCGUUUGUGCUUGGUGAUAACCUGAUCGAAGAGAUGAAAGAUAUCCGCGAGAAGGGACUACCGCCACACCUGGACUCCGAGAACAGCGAGGUCAUGGUCGCGGAGCAUACGCUGGACCUUAUUGAGAAGAGUGACAAGCCAAUCGUUAGCGCGAAUGCGUAUCUUGGUGCUCGCGAGAUCGUCAAGGGUCUUGAGCAGGGAGCCGAUAUUAUCAUCGCAGGUCGAGUCGCAGACGCCAGUCCGGUGAUCGGAGCGGCGUGGUACUGGUAUGGCUGGAACGACACCGACUAUGACGAGCUCGCUGGAGCUCUUAUCGCCGGUCAUUUAAUCGAGUGCAGUGGGUACGUGACUGGAUCGAACUUUGCGGGCUUCUACGAGUAUUCACUAGAAGACCUGUUCGACAUCACGUUUGGUAUCGCCGAGGUAGAGAAAGAUGGUACCUGCAUCAUCACGAAGCAUGAUGCGAAGAAAGGCUUCGUAACAGAGGACACUGUGAAGUGUCAGUUUCUAUACGAGUUGCAGGGUAAUGUCUACCUGAACAGCGAUGUCAAGGCAAUACUGGACGAUGUGCAUGUAAAGGCUGAAGGGAAGAACCGAGUCCGUGUCUGGGGCAUCAAGGGCGCUCCUCCACCUCCAACAACAAAACUUGCCGUCUUCUAUGCCGCUGGCUACCAGAGCGAGAUCGUCGUCAAUGCUGCUGGCUACGCCACAGCUGAGAAGUUCGAGCUAUACGAACGAAUGCUCAAGUUUGGGCUCAAGCGGCUUGGCAUACUGGACAAGUUCGAUGUCUUGGAGUUCCAGCGCAUCGGCGUGCCUGAGCCAAAUCCGAAGAGCCAGCUGAGGUCGACGACAUAUCUACGCAUCUUCGCGGAGGCAAGUAAUGCCAACGUAAACCUCGGACUGGCCAGCCUCAUGGGUGAGUUCGCGAUGCAGCACUACUCUGGCUUCCACAGUACUUACGAGACUCGCAACGCUGCUGACCUUUCAUCCUUCGGCCAGACGACACGGGCGAGACUGGGCGACAUCGCGCUUGCACGUAGUGGCGAUAAAGGUGGCAACGCGAACAUCGGCUUCUUUAUCCCGACUCAACUUCCCUCAGCCUAUCCUGCCUCGUCACCACUGUACGCAGAGUCAUGGGACUGGCUGCGUACCUACCUCACGAUUUCAAAGCUUCAGGAGAUGUUUGGCGAGAGUUGGAGCGACAAGUUUUACAUCGAGCGAGUUGAGUUCCCAAACAUCAUGGCGGUGCACUUUGUGGUGUAUGGCGUGCUGGGUAGAGGCGUAAGUGGAAGCAGUAGACUCGACGCUUUUGCGAAGGGGAUGGGUGAUUGGUUAAGAGAUGUUGAGGUCGACGUGCCAGUCAAGCUUUUGGAGGGGCGGAGGAAAACAGCAGGUACGAGUGUGGUGAGCGGUUCCAGGCUGUAA